AUGUCGCCUGCGAAACUCAAUCCCUCCGUUGAGGAUAUCCUCAAACACUACGAGUACAAGCCCGAGCAAGUCGAGCGCGUCAAUCCACGCCGCGAGGCUCUGCCACUGGCCAUUGAAGAGCCCAAGCCGGAAUGGCCUCGGCGCUUCGCCAUCCUCGAGGCCAAGAUCCGCGCCGCCCUCGGCGACACGGCGCUCACAGUCUCCCACGUCGGCUCCACCAGCGUCCCUGGCCUGCCUGCCAAGGACGUCAUUGACAUUGAUCUCACGGUGGCCGACAUUGACGACGAGGACUCGUACGUGCCGGCGCUCGAGGCGCAAGGCUUCCACUUUAGGGCCCGCGAGCCGCUGUGGCACAAUCACCACUACUUUCUCUACUAUAGCGAGAACUGGUGCAAUCUGCAUGUUUGGGGCCGCGGGUGUCCCGAGACGGUCCGGCACUUGCUGAUGAGGGACUGGCUGCGGGAGCAUGAGGAGGAUCGCGAGGCGUAUGCGCGGGUCAAGCGCGAGGCUGCUGCUGCGACAAACGACGUGGGCGAGACUGUGAUAGAGUAUAAUCUGCGAAAGGAAGGUUGGAUCAGAGAGCUUCUGUGUCGUAUCUUUACUGCCAAGGGCUACAUGACCGGUGAUGGACAGCCAAUUCCCAGAAGUUGA